AGCUGUGGUUGGUGGCGUUCGCCCGCGCAUUUCACAAUUUGUGGACAGUUCAUUUUAUUGCUUAUUUUUUAGUAUUCUGUGCUCAAAUGCAGUGUCCCAGCAGUCCCAUUAACCAUACAAGUGUCGAGCAAAAACGUCAUGCACAAAAUGUGGCCAGACAACAGCGCAUAGGCAUGCCAAAGUUGCGCGACCUGCUACGAGAGAAAUGUCGCAUACGAAUUUUAAAUGCACGCAACGACAGAGUCGAUGGAAAUCGUAAAGUGCAACUGUCGGAGCUCGAAGAAAUUUUACGGUUAGAGCUAAAAGAACUGGACCAGGAUUUGGAAUUGGAACAACAUGUCUAUGAGGAGCUGCUCUCCGAUGUGAACGAAUGGUAUGCCCUACAAGAGCAGCACCUGGAAGCACUGUAUACUGAGCCGGACACCGAUUCAAAAGAUCAUGAACUGAUUUGUCCCGUGUGUUUGAUCAAGUCGCUGCAGCGCUUCAAAUCUCUAUAUACUUGCGAAUGUGGUGCACGAUUCGAGCACGCCGCAGACAAGCCGCAAUUGGAGCAAUUGAUUCAACAGAAAGUUAACGAACACGAGCUGCACUGCACCCAGGCGCUGCAGUUCUUCAUAGAGGCACAGCCAACGGGCAAUCGCUUAUUCACCAUCUGCGGAAGCUGUGAUUUUUGUAGCUCCAUUUAAAUGGUUUCCAAUCUGAUUGUUCUGGCUGCGACCAGUUUUAAAUUAGAAAAUGUUUAUUUAUUAUAGAUAUAGAUUAUAAAAUAUG